AUGGCAGCACUCCGGCGGAUCUUGCAGCUGGCAAAGCCUGGCGAAGCUGCCAGGGCCCAAGGAUGGGUUAGCAGUGUUCGCAAGAUGAAAAAGUGGGCUUUUGCCGAUAUCACUGACGGCUCGAGCGUUGAGCCACUAAGUGUGAUUUUGACCCCAGAUCAGGCAGCUAAACUCAGCACGGGCGCCUGCGUAGAUAUCCGGGGCCAGGUCAAAGAGAGCCCCAAAGGAGCUACCCAGGCGGUUGAACUACACGCUGACAGUGUCAAGCUGCUGGGUGAGGCUGACUCGACCUACCCGCUGCAAAAAAAGUACCAUUCCAGGGAGUUUUUACGCCAGUUCCCUCAGUUUCGUUGGAAGACCCGUACGGCGGCCCAAGUUCUGCAGUACCGGUCUUUUGCCAUCAAACAGCUUACCGACUUUUUCAACGAGAAUGAUGUGGUGCAGGUCAACUCACCUAUUCUGACAUCUAGUGACUGCGAAGGUGCCGGUGAAGUUUUCGGCCUUGAAAAAUCGCUUGACUUUUUCGGAAAACAGGCCUACUUGUCAGUAUCAAGUCAGCUGCACUUGGAAGUGUAUUGUGCCGCAUUGGCUCGUGUCUGGAACAUGACGCCUGCGUUUAGAGCUGAGGCAUCAGACACUAACCGGCACCUCAGCGAGUUCUGGAUGGUCGAGGCAGAGCUGGCGUUCUUGGACAGUCUGGCUGAGCUGACGGGAUUCUGCGAACAGAUGGUCAAGGCAACUACUCCUACGGGCUCUAUCAAGCACAGUAUUCUCGCUUCUAAACGAGAUCAAGAAGCUCGGGACCGUCUAGAGCAGCGCUGGGACACGCUGGCGGGCAAGUGGACCACUAUGACUUAUACGGACGCUGUUGAUUUUAUUAAUGCGCAUGGCACUAAGGUGUCUACGGCAAAAUGGGGUGACGGCCUGUCUUCUGAGCAGGAAAAAUUCCUGGCUGGCACGCUAGGCACCCCCGUGGUGGUCACUGACUAUCCCACUGAGAUCAAACCCUUCUACAUGAAGGCAAGCAGCAGCCAAACGGUCGCAUGCUUUGAUAUAUUAAUCCCGGAUGUUGGCGAGCUGGUUGGCGGCUCAAUGCGUGAAGACAACUACGAAAAGCUCCUGGCCAACCUGGAGAAAUAUGACAUGAACCCAGAGAGCAUGUCAUGGUACACCGACCUGCGUAAAUACGGCUCGUUCCCCCAUGGUGGGUACGGCCUAGGAUUCGAGCGUUUGGUCAUGUACACUUGUGGACUCGACAACAUUCGCGACGCAACUGGAUUCAUCCGCGGAUUCGGCCAGCUGCCCUGCUAA